CGUCGCAGGAGUCGCAGGAACAGCCGGAGAAGAAGGCGCAGCCAGUCGCAGGAGGAGGAGGUGGUCACCGGCCACAUAAGACUAGUCCCCCCCCUCCCUAAACCCACUGAAUCCCCUCCCAAUUGCCCGCGCAAAAGGAGAACCGAAAGGAGGAGCGAAGCGGAGGACAAGGAGGAGCGCAGGAGGAGACGGAGACGGCCCGUGUGUGUGUGUGUGUGUGUAGGUGGAGUGUGUGUGUCGGCCGUCUCAGUCGGAUAAGCAUCAGGCAUCAUUCAGAUUCAGAUCAAGAUCCCCAACCCAAACUGAAGCACCAGAACCACCAGAAGAACAGCAACCACCACCACCACCACCACCAUGUCGUCCAGUGAGCCACCGCCUCGCUACGAGCCACCCGUGGAGCCAGUCAAUGGCAUUGUACAGCCACCGGUGAUGCCGCCAGCGGAGCGACCCGGCCGCAAUACGAACCAACUGCAAUAUCUGAUCAAGACGGUGAUGAAGGUGAUAUGGAAGCACCACUUCUCGUGGCCCUUUCAACAGCCCGUCGAUGCCAAGAAGCUCAACCUGCCCGACUACCACAAGAUCAUCAAACAGCCCAUGGACAUGGGCACGAUCAAGAAGCGGCUGGAGAACAACUACUACUGGUCCGCCAAGGAGACCAUACACGACUUCAACACGAUGUUCAACAAUUGCUAUGUCUACAACAAGCCCGGCGAGGAUGUCGUUGUGAUGGCCCAGACGCUCGAGAAGGUCUUCCUCCAGAAGAUCGAAUCGAUGCCCAAGGAGGAGCUCGAACUGGAGCCGGUAACGGCCAAGGGCGGCAAGAAGAAGCAACGGGCGCCGGCUACGCCCAAGUCAUCGUCAACGCCCGGCGGCGGUGGAGCAUCCACCGGUGGUGGCUCCGGUACGGCCUCCUCGGCGGCCGUUAGCAGCGGAGCUGGUAGUGGCUCCGCCAAAGUCUCGGCCGCCGCCUCAUCCGCGCAACAGUCCGGCCUGCAGGGAGCGACGGCGGGAGUGGGCGGCGGUGCGGCGAGCACAGCGGGAACCCAGGCGGGUUCCGGAGGAGCGGGAGGAGCGACCGCCGCCCGACCCGUUUCCGCCAUGGGCGGCACGGUUUCAUCGACGGCCGGCGGUGCACCGUCCAUACCACCGAUUAGCACAAUGCCACCGCACACGGUACCGGGCAGUACCAAUACGACGACGACAGCGAUGGCCGGCGGCGCUGGCGGAGGAGCAGGUGCGGCUGCGGCCAAUCCCAAUGCCGCCGCCCUCAUGGCCAGCCUGCUGAAUGCGGGCCAAACGGGCGGCUAUCCCGGCGCACCCGGUCAGACGGCGGUGAAUAGCUCCUCGCUGCUGGAUGGCAGCACGGCCGCAGUUGCGGCAGCGGCGGCAGCAGCAGCAGCAGCGGCGGCGGCGGCGGGAGCGGGCGGAGCAGCGGGAUCCGCCGGUGGAGCAGCGGGCGCCGGAGUGACAAUACCAGCCGUGAACGUCAAUGCCGCCAACGCCGUGCAGGCCUAUGUGAAUGCGGGCGUGAGCGUCGGAGUGGACGCCGUGAUACCGCCGCAGCAGCCCGCCAAAAUAAAGAAGGGCGUCAAGCGGAAGGCGGACACAACGACGCCGACGGCCAAUGCCUUUGAAUCGCCUUACGCGCAAAUGGACUCCAAAUCGGCCAAGAUUGCGACGCGGCGGGAGUCGAAUCGUCAGGAUCUUACAUUCCAGGGCUCGGGAUACAACAUGUCGCCGCUGGGCGUCUCCGGAGUUCCCGGACUUGGCGGUCUGGUUGCCGGCGGCGUCGCCGGCGUGGCGGUGGCCAAGAACAAGGAGAAGCUAUCCGAUGCGCUCAAGUCGUGCAACGAGAUCCUCAAGGAGCUCUUCUCGAAGAAGCACUCGGGCUACGCCUGGCCCUUCUACAAGCCGGUGGACGCGGAAAUGCUCGGCCUGCACGACUACCACGACAUCAUCAAGAAGCCCAUGGAUCUGGGGACUGUCAAGCGGAAAAUGGACAAUCGCGAGUACAAAAGCGCGCCGGAAUUCGCCGCCGACGUGCGAUUAAUAUUCACCAACUGCUACAAGUACAAUCCGCCAGAUCACGAUGUCGUGGCCAUGGGUCGCAAGCUGCAGGACGUCUUCGAGAUGCGCUACGCCAACAUCCCCGACGAGCCGGUGGCCAAUGCGGCCCACCACCACGGACACGGCCACGGGCACGGCCAUGGCCACGCCCACAGUCACGGGCAUGGUCACGGCCACGGUCACGGUCACGGCUACGGCGGAUCCUCCUCACUCAAGCACGAUGCCAGCGAUUCGUCCAGCGAGGACUCCAGCGACACGGAGAACGAAUCGAACUCGGACGAGGAGCGCAGCGCCAAGCUGAAAAUGCUCGAGUCCAAGCUGCUCGGCCUGCAGGAGGAGAUUCGCAAGCUGUCCGAGGAGGCCUCCGCCAAGAAGAAGGCGAAGAAGAAGCUCAAGGAGAAGAAGAAGUCGAUGGGCGGUGGCUCCGGUUCCGGUUCAGCCUCUCAUCAUGGCCACGCCUCGGGCGGCGGUGCGAAUGCCGGUGGAGCAGGCGCCAAUUCCGGCGGUCAUGCGGGCGGCGUUUCCGUGCCCGGCGGCGGCGUCGGGGGCCUGGGUGCCGGCGGAGCGGGCGGCGCUAAUCUCAGUGCCCUGCUCAGCGGCUCGUUGGUCGGUCCCGGCGGAGCAGCCGUCGCCGGCGGCGUUCCCAAUGUGGGAGCACUGCACAGUCAAGUGCACGACGUGGCCAUGGCCUUUGGCCAGCUGGCGGGAGGCGGUGCCUCGGCCGGCGGCGGCGGCUUUGGUGCAGGAGUGACGGCAUCGGGAGCCUCGGCGGGCGGCAAGGCGGGCACCCUGGCCGGCGCUCUGGCAGCGGGCGCAGCGGCCGGAGCCGGCGGCACAACUGGCAGCGGCAGUGGCAGCAGUAAAGGUGCUAAGAGCAAGGGCGGACGAGGCGCCAAGGGCAGCGGAGGCGGCGGCGGCGUUGGAGGUAGCAAUAAUGCCGCUGCGGCCAAUUCCGCUGGCGGUGCAGCGGGAGCUGCUGCGGGCGGAGCCGGAGCCGUGGGAGCUGUGGGCGGCGCUGGAGCAGCAGGCGGCGGCGGCAACGCCUCCAAGCGGGCCAAGGGCAGCAGUUCGGCCGGUGCGGGCGGCGCUGUUGGCGGUGCGAAUGCCAGUACCGGUGGCGCCGGGGCGCGCGGCAGCAGCAAGAAGAAGCCCAGCCAGGUGAUGAACUUCGACUCCGAGGAGGAGGACACGGCCAAGCCAAUGUCGUACGAUGAGAAGCGCCAGCUGUCGCUCGACAUCAACAAGUUGCCAGGCGACAAGCUGGGCCGUGUGGUACACAUCAUCCAGAACCGGGAGCCAUCGCUGCGUGACUCCAAUCCCGACGAAAUCGAGAUCGACUUCGAGACGCUGAAGCCGUCGACGCUGCGCGAGCUUGAAAGCUAUGUGGCGUCGUGUUUGCGCAAAAAAACACGUAAGCCAUAUUAUAAAAAGCCUUCCGGCAAGUCGAAGGACGAGCAGAUGGCCGAGAAAAAGCAGGAGCUGGAAAAGCGCCUGCAGGACGUCACCGGCCAGCUGGGGGCAAGCAAGAAAACCGCCAAGAAAGAUGAGUCCGCCUCGAACAAGGUCGAGGCAGUGCAGCCGGCGAAUCCCGUGUCAUCGAGUUCCAGUUCCAGCGAUUCAUCGUCGUCGAGUUCGAGUGAUAGCAGUUCGAGUGACUCGAGCGACAGUGAAGCAGGUUAGGACGCGUUUUGUUUGUUUGUUUUAUUUUAUACAACUUUUUUUUUAUUAGUAUACAUAGAGAUAUGCAAAUAUAAAUAUAUAUUUAUAUAUAUAUAUAUAUAUGUAGAUGCGUUGUUUAAGAAACAAACAACAGAACUCACUAAACACACAUACGGAAACAGAAACCGAUACCGAAACCGAAACCGAUUCAGAUCAGAUCAGAUACAGAUUCAGAAUAUUGAGACAGACCCCCAUAUACACACACAGAAACCGAGACCGCAUCAUUUUUAUUCUAUUAUCUUUUAACAUUAGAUACCUAAAAACAUAAGGCGUCGGGCGGGGCGGGGCGGGGAGAGGAGGGCGUGGCUAAAGUCAGAGACCAGAAGAUUCGAUCGAGUAAUGAACAGUCUAGGAUCUAGGAAAACCAUUAAAACCCGUUGAAAAUUGUAAAAAUAUAUUACAAAAAUGUAAUGAAAAUAAUGGAGGAUGAGGAUGAGUUAAUACUUAAGUCGCACAGAAUCAGGAGAUUUGAACAGAGCGAUUGGCUUAAUUAAUUCAAUUGGAUAUAGGUUUAUCUAGUUAUAAUGUAAUAGUUACCCUAUUAGCACACGCAAGUAUAUAUGCCAAUGCGGAUAUAUGUAGAGUUUAUCGAUUGUGUUUAUCUGCUUACCUUUUGUUUUUAUCAUUUUUUAAGUUAGUUUCAAAACAACCCACACUGACACGCACACCAACACUGAAAUCUGAAAUAGAAGGAGACAAAAACUAAGAGUAGGGGAGUAGAGUAGAGGGGAGGGAGCGAGAGGGGAAAUGAUAAGGGUAUUAUUGUAAUAGCAAAGACCGACUGACCAAUACAUCCCGCUCAGACACACAAGAACCCAAUCCCCUGUCUCGCUCUAAUAGAGCAUUUUUAAUUUAUUGAAUUUAGCGCAUUUUGUUUAUGUUUUUGUGUGCUAAAUGCCAAACAACAAGAGAAAUUAACAGGACGAACCGAGAUCAAAACACGAAACAUCUCCAUUUUCCGAACGUCUGAUUUGAAGAAACCCACAAAAAGCGAUCCCAACUCUGAUCUUAAUUUUUUUUUUUUUUUUGUAUUUGUUUAUUUUUACAAAAAAGCGUUUUUUAAGGAAUACCCAAGAACCAAGUUCAUGACAAAGUGCAAUAUGCAUUUACUCUAAGAAAACAAAUGCACACGAUUAUAUGGAAUUUAGCAACGUAAAUUGGAAAACGAGUAAAAUGCCCUAGUUAAAUCAAUGUUUAAAAGUAUUUUAUUCAAAUAUUUCGAUAACGGACAUAGCCACAACCAUACUAGAAGCAAAACAAAUUGAGAAUUAUAAGUCACAUGGCAGAGUUGUUAAACAAAUUUGCUGACAAACCAAUGAACCGAGGUUUUUAUUUCAAUUCACACGAGAUCCACAUCAGAGUUGGGUGUUAGGGUAUCGCAAUAUCAGGCGUUUCGCAAGGACAUUAGAACAUUUUAAACCCCUCCUCAUUUCUACCAACCAGCUACAUAAAACACAGACGAACAACACGAACACAACGGCAAAACUUUAUAUAAUCGAUAUAUAUAUAUAUAUAUCUAUAUAUAUACAUCUAGGUCUAGUAUAUACUUAAUUAUAUAUACACAACCACACACACACAUAUAUCAUAUUUAAGCAUUUGUAGGUAUUAAACGAAUUGUAUUUGUAAAUGAAAAAAUGAGAAAACAAAUCUUACACAACACACAUACACAACUAUCUAAAAUGAGAAUAUUAAGAAAAAAAACACUCUUUACUACUUUAAGUCUUUUUUGAAACAACAAAAAAAAAAACAAUUCUAAAAAAAGAACAAGAAAAACCUUAUUAUUACCAAUAUUAUGAUUAUUAUUAUUAUUAUGAUUAUUAUGAGAAUAUGCUGAAAAAAUCGUGAAGCAAUUGUGUAUUGGGGGCAGCCAAUCUGAAAAAGAAAGUAAUGAAUUCCAACUCCAACCAACCAACCAACCAAUCAAUCAAUCAAUCAACCAAACCAAAACCAACCAAUCGAACCAAUCAACCAAAUCAAAACUCUCCAUCAAAUCUACAAAACAGCAGAGCAAGAAUGCAUGAUUGACAAAAGAUCAACAAAUAAAUCGAAAUAAAAACGUAUCAUCCACACUCCACACACAUUAUAACCCCUCAAGUAGUACUAUCCAUCAUUAGAAUAUCUUUUAGAGGCAGCUUAGGAGCAAACUCCUUCAUAGAUCAUCAUCAUUCUUUCUCCUACCGCUAAAAUCAAAACGUAAUCUGGGUUUGCAGGGCUUGCACUCUACCCACUAGACCACCAUUCAGACCAUAUAUUAUUAUAUUGAUAUCACUAACAAGGCGCAAUUGUAAGAACCUUCUCCGCCAACUUUUCCAGGGUGCAAAUCCCAUAAUCCUCGAAACGAAUACUUCUGUGCCAAUUCCAUGUUUUUUCUAGUCUUAUUUCUUGAUAUGAUAAAGCCAAUCCACUAAAUCGUAACCCACAGACGACGAUCCUACUUCAUCCAGUAUGUAAUUGAAAUCCAAGCGUUUCGUUUUUUUUGUUAGCUGGACAAAACACUCACACGCACACACGAAACACCCACUUAACCUCACAGAACUAUGUGUAAAAUAUAAUAAUAAUAAUGAAAAUGAACAAUAACCAUAAUAAUAUGAAAUAUCUAACAAACUGAAUGAAAGAAAAUACAAGAACAAUUACCAUAUAUGUCUAAAGUAUGCAAAAAACGUAUGAAAUUCUCGAUACACUUGCAGACAAUGUGUAAAAAAAAGAAAGUAUAAAAAGCUUCUGAAAGAAAUGGAAAGAAAAAACCGAACCACAAAUAUAAAUAACGUAAUUCAAAUAAACAACGUAAGGAACGAAUACGUAAGGCAAUUGUGACAAAGAGAGAAUAACACAGAGAGAAAGAGAGAAAAAAAAGGGGGAUUACCCAAAAUUAAAGCUAAGAGGGGUCUGAAAAAAAUGAGGGAUACUUCAACUUACAUCUAAUUAAGUCUGCUGACAAAUGUGAAUGUAGAAUUUGAUGUUAUUAAUUGUUUAAACGUUUUUAACCUCAAAGAAGUGUUUCCAGACGGAACAAAUGGAACUGAAACACUGCAAUUAGCACAAUUCGCGAACAAUAGCUCGCAUUUAUCACUUAGAAUCGAGAAUUAUUUAAUAUCUCUCUGUAUAUGAUUAAUUCGUGGUUAAUUAUUUGUUGUUGUCAUUAACUUUAUGUGUAUCAAUGUGGGAGAACCGUCAUCCGAAAAACAAAAAUGCUUCCAGCUAACUUCCAAAAGGAAUCCAUGAGUGAAUACCCAAAAGGACAGCUUAACGAUAAAUUAAAGAAACAAUAAAAACCGAUCGCAAAUUAAAAAAAUAUCCAAAUCCAACUAUCGGGAUCAAAAACAAUCGAUUUCUUAGAGUGGGGUAACUGGAUCGGGUCCACAAUUCAUCUGUCUAUCUCUAUCUCUCUUUCUCUCUCUCUGUGUGUCCUUGCCACUGUGUCUGUCUCUGUCUGUAGUAGUAACGGUAUAACGGUAUGAGAAAAGCGGAACGAAUCGGAAUGGAACCAAGCGUUACGUAUAUAGAGUCUUUUACUCUAUAGCUACUAAACUCCAACUAGUUCUAAAUACAUAGCUAUAUUUACAUAGAUAUAUGUAUCAAUGAAGGUAUAAAACAAAAAACAACUACAAAAAAAGAAAUAAGAAAACAAAUAAUUAAAUGUAAUUUGAAAACAUUUUAUUAUUUAUUUUUCGGCUGUCGGCUUUCCCCUUUACACAUUGUUUGCACGUUUUUUUCAAAAAAAAAAAAAAAAUAAUAUAUAUAUAUUAU